GAUCACGCAUUAAAAUCGAGAACGAAUCGCUCGAAAGCGAUCGUCUCACUGUUUCCCAAAACGGGGUUUAAUACGUAUGCGGAAGCGGACGCGAACUACAAGUCCCGCGCCGACGCGUCGUGAACUCGAGGCAGUGUAAACAGUACUCCAGGAACAUGAAGAGAUCGGAUGACAGUGAGAGGGAAAAGAGGAGAAAGGUCCAAACACAUGCUGGCAGGUGGACUGGCCAAGAUAAAGCCGUGAAUGUCUCAGCUCUCAGGACGAGACUCGAAUUAAGAAAUGGAGAGAAACAGCAUGUUGUUGAUCAGAGUGACUUCACUGUGCGCGAAUUCGACAAGAAUCUCUGCGGCUCUUCAACACAAAGUUUCUAUCAUUUUAUCAUUUAUUUUACUCUUCAUUACCUGUUGAGCUUCACAGCCCUGAUUUCAAGGCGUCGGCUCCUACAGGAACUUGGCGAGCAGAAGAUCCCCUUCCUGAGUCCGUCUGAUCCCGGCUUCCAGCAGCUAUGGGACACCAGUUAUUCGGGACUGAUGCUGCGGCGCUCAGGCAGCCUUCCCCCGGGUCUGGACGAGCGUGUUCAAUCCGCGCUGAGGACUCUGCGUGAACGAGGCUGCCUCCUGAGGGACCUGGUGCGUGUGCGAGAGCGCGACGUGUUCACGGCAGUGUCGCGUGCCCUCGUCGGCCAGGCCGGGUGCACCUAUCGCUACCUGGACACCCGUCUCUUCACCAUCCCCUGGCACUGCGAGGAAGACGAGGUCCUGGGACGUGACGAAGACCACGGAGACAAACCGUGCUGUGACGCCGGGCUGAGAGCCGCCUGCAAGGCCUUAUGGGAGCUGAACCAGUUCUUCUGCUCUGACGUGCAGCAGCAUCAGAACACCCGGUCCACCAAACGCAAGCGCAACGAAGCAGAAGAAGAAGAGGAAGGAAAAGAAAAAACCAAACGUGAAGGGCGUUCCGAGGAUCGAACGUGCGAAGAGAAGGAGGAGAAGAAGGCGGGGGAAGAUUCAGAUAGCGGACAGGGCUGCUCUCGCUCGUCUCCUCCUGCUACCAAGUCCAGUCCGAUCCGGUUUAACAUCACACUCAUUAACUACAUGGACCCGGCCAGCAUGAGCCAGCUGAAGGAGGAGCCGUAUUACGGCAUGGGGAAGAUGGCGGUGGGAUGGCACCAUGAUGAGAACCUCGUUCCUCUUUCCCCUGUCGCAGUUUACAGCUACAGCUGCCCAGGAGAGAGCAAGACUGAAGCAGUAAAGCCGGCUGAGGAAAAAGAAGGACAGACAUCAAAUGAAGGAGACAAAGGGGACGAAGAAGGAGGGAGCCGAGAAGAAGAGGAGGAAGCAGGGGACGAGGGGACGAGUAAAGAGGAAGGAGCCAAAGAGAAGGUGUGCUGGCGUGUGGGGUUGAAGGUGGCCUGGGACAUCCACACGCCAGGGUUAGCUCUGCCACUGCAAUCCGGAGACUGCUAUUACAUGACAGAUGAUCUGAACAGGACACACCAGCAUUGCGUACUGGCGGGAGACACGGCCAGAUUCAGCUCCACACACAGAGUCGCACAGUGCAUAACAGGAACCUUGGAGUACAUCCAGAAACGCUGCUCUGAAGCUCUGGAGAACUUACAUACAGAUCCCGAGACUGGUGCGAAGAGUCUGCGCUCGCUUCUCCUCUCCACCCUCCAGCACAUAGAGGACAUCCAUAAUGAGGUGGAGUUUGAAUGGCUGAGGCAGUAUUGGUUCCAGGGCCGGCGUUACGCUCGCUUCUGCAGCUGGUGGAGUAAACCCAUGGAGCGUCUGGAGACUGACUGGAAGCAGAUGGAGAGGAUGUUUGUGAGACAUAUACGCAAGAGACAACUUUACAAAAUGAAAAAUAGAAAAUUUUAAUUUCAUUGUCUGUACUGCUUAUCCGAUCUAUCCUCGGGUCACAGGGAACCUGUGCCUAUCUCAGGUGUCAGGGCAGGAUACGCCCUGGACCCAUCGCAGGGCACACACACACACACACAAUCACACACUACGGGCAAUUUAGAGACUCCAAUCAGCCUGUUAGCAUGUCUUUGGACUGUGGGAGGAAAUUCACCAAGCACGGGGAGAACAUGCAAACUCCACACACACAGUGAGAGGGAACUCGAACCCAGGACGCUGGAGGUGUGAGGCGAACAUGCUAACCACUAAGCCACCAUGCUGCCUAAAAUAGAAAAUGUAUUAUUUUAAUUAUUUAUGAAUUAGGAGAUGAUAAGCAAAUGUAUUGGUGCAGGAAUUUGCCUAGUUGUACAAUAUGGCUUCCGACAUAGUAUUCCUCAUUUUAUUUUUAUUUGGAUGUUUAAAACUGACCUUGAAUAAAUUCUGUAAUUUAGAAAUUUUGAUACGUAAAUUUAAGUGACUUGUAGAGCUUGAUAAAGGCAGAAUUUUCUUGUUUACAUAUGUCAUAUUUUUUGUGUUUUAUGUCUUAAGUCUGAAUCCUGACCUGCACUAUUAUGGUAGUAAAAAUCCUUUCCUCCUGCACAUAACUCGACCCUGAAGACGUGAUGAUUCCCACCUCCGUAGGUCCGAAUUGUGCCGGUUACACCGAACGGACCCGGUUAGCGUCCGUGAUUCAACAUUCAAGUCAAUUCAAACCAUCUAAAACGCUACUGUUGUGCUCGGCACGCGUUUUACGGCGUUGCGCUUGAGGAACAAAUCGCUACAGACGGUUAAUAUUAGCGGAAACUGGCUUUAACUUGGCCGGGUAUGGCUUUGAGUUGGAAAGUGAGUGGGAACAAACUGCAGCUCUGUGAUUGCGAUUCAGUUGAAGAGGGUGAUGAGUCAGCCGGUGCUGUGAUGUUGACACACUUACCGAAAAGCUCCAGUCUUUAUAACUGUACUGCACCCUACACUAUUGGGUUUGCUUCUCUUACAGAGAAUUUAACAGCGAGAUUUCUCAGCUGCUGUCCGGGAUGUGAGAAGAAUAAUAAUGAUAAUAUAAAUAAUAGUAAUAAUUUUAUAAGUAGAGAGGAAAGCUCAGCUGGUUGCAUAUGGAAUAGUGAUGGAGUAUCGUGCUUUAAGUCUGAUCCAUAUGUGCUGUUCAGGAAAUAACACCAUGUGGACAGGAAACUCCAACAUCUGAGGCCUUAUUUAGCUUUCUGUAGUCAAGGUUUGAAGUGUGUGUGUGUGUUGCUAUCGUGUCGUCCUGCUUUCGCACUCUGCUUUUGUACUUCACACUUUCACACUUCAAUAUGGAUCAUAAAUACCACUCUAUACCAGCCGUUAAUCUGAUUAAGUAGCGCCGCAGUUCAAACGACAACACUGUAUUGUGUUACUUUAAUUGACACAAUCAAGCCGAUUCGACAUCCUGAAUUAUAAACCCUCAAUUAGUUGUCGUGUCAUUUGUCAUUUUCCUGCGCCGUAAUUCAGUGCACCGGUUUGGAAUAUUGCUCCAUCAGACGAAUUCUCUCAUUGGUAAUGAGUUAUAUUAAUAGCAAAAAUAUUAAAGCUUGUAAUGCUAUAGCAUGGAAGUAGUUAUUUAAAAAACAAACAAACACAC